UUAACAUAUCACCACUCAUCUGACAUCUUGUCUGUUCCUUGCCUUUUCCAUUUCCUUCCCAUUUCCUAACUUAUUUUCUCUUUUGUUUUUUUACUUUUCUUUUUUUGGCCUUUAGCUUAGCCUUUUUUAUUUCAUUCAACCCAAAUCUCCCCCUGGCGGCUCCUCCUCUUUCUGUUCUUACAGAAUCUGAAAUUCGUACCUUUCUCGUUCUUUAAAAUUUUCGAUCUAACAAAGGAAUAAUCUUUUCUUUUCUUUUUUUUUUUUUUGUUUUGGGGAUUUUAAUAUAUUGUUGAAGUGCCCGCCAUGGUAGCGGUUACGCAACAACAGCAACAGCAGAUGCAGGCGGCGGUGGCCGGAGCUGCAAAAACAUCGGCUGACGAAGAGGCCUUGAAGAGGAACACAGAUUGCGUUUACUUUCUUGCUUCCCCUUUAACCUGCAAAAAGGGAAGUGAAUGUGAGUAUCGACAUAGUGAAUAUGCCCGGGUUAACCCAAGGGAUUGUUUUUUCUGGUUGAAUGGUAAUUGCAUGAACCCGAAAUGUGGAUUUCGGCACCCUCCCCUUGAUGGUUUGUUGGGAACCCAAGUAGCAGCACCAGCUGGUUCUACCACGUCUUCAUCACACAUGGCCGCAACACCAACUCCUGCUAGUCAUACGCCUUACAACCAGGGUGUUUCUUACAAUUCCAGAAAACAAGCAGUGCCAUGUAUUUUCUUCCAAAAGGGGCUUUGCUUAAAAGGCGACAGAUGUGCUUUUUUGCAUGGUCCAACUACAAGUAAUAAAGGCCCACAGCCAACUGCAACUAUCACUGCUACUGAGCCUAAUUCUUUGAAAAAGGCUUUUGGUGCCCUUGAAACAUCUCAGUUGCAGAAGUUUCCACCAACUAAUAUGUCAAAGACAGUUGGAGUACCUCCUGAAGGUAAACCCACCCGAAAAGUUGAUGCUGCUUCCGCUAGGAGUGGUAGUGCUACUGAGAGAAGUGUGCCACAUCUGGCAGGCUUGGAUGAGGAACUUCCUCGACAUAAAGCAACAAAUAUUACUUCAGUUGUUAAUGGUAGCUUUAUGGGUCGUUCCAAUCACUUGCAUCAUCUCAAUGUUUCAGAUGAACUGAGUUUUCAUGCUGUUAAGGAGACUGACGAAUUUUUGAGGGAGUCUUCUCCUGGUUUUGAUGUUCUUGUGGAUGAUGAGCUCAGAGAUUCUAAUUUCUUCCAUGAUGAAGAUAGAUAUGGAGGUACAAGAGGACAUGAGGGAAGGAAUGUGAAUGAAUAUGACAUUGGUCACUCUGCUAAUUAUGAUGCCAUGGCUGAUGUUGACAGAGAAAUGUUUCAUGAUGGACAGGGCUAUGAUUCAUUAGACCAUGUGCAUGGGAAUUACCAGUGGGACCAACAGAGGGCUUCGUCUGAGAGGAUAUCUUUGGGACCAUCUAAUCUGGAAAGAAGAGGUUACUCAAGAGCUGAUAAUCCUGAUCAUGUUGAGGAGUCAGAUCUACGGCAUCGUUUGUCUAAGCAUAGGAGGGCUAAUGGCCUGAGAUCUGUUGUAAGUCAGAAUCAUACCCUAGAAAACCAUGAAGGGGAGGAAAAUUACCCUGGUUCUCUUAGAGACUCUUAUCAUUUACCUCCCCAUGAGAGUUCCCUUCGUAACCAUCUUCAGGGUAGAAUAAAGCUUCCUGGGAGAUCUCUAGUCAAUGCGACUAAUUUGCAUUCUGAAAGAGAGACAGAAAGGGGUCGAAAUUGGGGCCGACUCUCACCAGGAAAGCCACAAACCUCUUCUUACCAGGGGAGGCUUCGUGACAGAAUAAAAGGAAGGUUGGAAGGGGAAUACAACAAUAAAGAAGGCCGAAGUUUUGGGGGUCCAAGGAUUAGAAGAGAAAUAAUGGAUGAGAAGAAUGCUGAUUUUGCUGGUCCGAAAAGUCUUGCUGAACUGAAAGUUGGGAAAAAUACUGAUAAUAAGGAGCAUCUUUCUCUUGGAAAGCGAAAGAGCAUAGAGGAUCUUCAACAAACUAGAGGUGAUAUUUCAUUUGAAGGGCCAAUGCCCCUAAGUGAGAUUCUGAAGAGAAAGAGACAAUCUGAAGCUGCUACUUCUGAAAGUGGUAUAGUAUUUGUAAGUAAAGAAGAUGUUAACCAGAAACAAAGCAAGGAAAGCUUGAUUGAUAACUCCACUAAUGCAUUAAUUUCAUUGACACCAGAGGAGACCAACAGAAAGGAAGAAUCAAAGUCUACAACUGCAGAUAUUGGAACAACAGAAGUUGCUCGUGGUGAAUCUUCUCAACUACUCAACAUACAUGAGCAUGAGAGUGAGCAUGGGAUAAUUGCGGAUGAGAGGAUGGGAGAUCAUGAACUUGAGGCAGAUGACCGGAGGGAUGGAGAUUAUUAUUAUGAGCAGGGUGAUGAAGGGGAAUAUAACUAUGAGGAGGGUGAAAAUGUGGACCCUGAAGAGGAAUACAUAGAGGAUGAAGAUGGUGAAGAUGGUGAUGACUUUGCAAAGAAGCUUGGUGUCAUGUUUUCAUGAGUAGUUGGGAGAUGGAGAUGGUCAGAUAGACUACUUCAGAUUUCUCCUAUGAUUAUUGUGGUUUUGUGGAGUACCUUUGAAGCUCGUUUAGGUUGCUUCUUUCUGAUCAAGAGUUAGCCAUAUUGGAAUUUCAUUGUAGAAAUAGGGGUAUCAAGUUUUGUUUUUGUAUCAAUUAAAACUUUCAUCAUUGUAUUUAAAAACUGAUUGAAUGGGGAUUCUUAUGCUUGAGGCCUUUUCUUGUGCCCACCAGUUGAAGUUGAUGAUGAUGUGCAUGACUAGAAAAGUAGAAAGACAGUAAGAAAAUUUUUGCUAAUCUCCAUUUCUCUAUUUUAUUAUUCUCUGUUAAACAAUCUCUCAAUGACCCUCCCAUCCUGUAUUUUCUUAUUUCUUUCUUUUUGAAACAUAUCCCAUCUUGUCUUUUAUUUAAGUGAAUGCAGCUGGUUUAGUCUAUGUUCAAUUUGUUUUAGCAUGCAUAUUGGGUGCUUGAACAAUCUCGUGGUUUAUUUUCUUUGGAAUUCUCUUACUGAAUGUGCCAGUUACCGGUCACUAAUAGUAUUGAAAUUUGGUUGCCUGGUAGCUGAUAUGACCUUUAAUGUAGCAUGCAUUUGUUAGGCUUCAUUUGGAUGAUGGGUGGGGAGAGAUUUUCAUUGUAUUGUCUAUGAUUCCUUUUCAUGUAGAAUCUUGAAUAGCAGAAUUCAGAAUGG